AGACAGUAACGUGACGUCACUCCCCAAUCAGCUGUGAGGGGCGGGGCCGGGAGCGGGUAUUAGAGCUCCCGGAGUCACGUAGCUCUGCAGCAGAAUCCAGUCCUUACCGGAGAUAUCGGAGCUUCCUGCAGCGGCCACAGAACCUUCAAGAUGACCCACCAAUACCCAGCACUGAGCGCGGAGCAGAAGAAGGAGUUGGCAGACAUUGCGCAACAGAUUGUAGCCAAGGGGAAGGGUAUCCUUGCUGCAGAUGAAUCUGUGGGUUUGGAUGGUUUGUCAGAGCGCUGUGCCCAGUACAAGAAAGAUGGGGCUGACUUUGCAAAAUGGAGAUGUGUGCUGAAGAUCAGUGAGCACACCCCCUCUUCCUUGGCUAUCAUGGAGAACGCCAAUGUACUUGCCCGCUAUGCCAGCAUCUGCCAGCAGAACGGCAUUGUUCCAAUUGUGGAGCCUGAAAUUCUUCCCGAUGGAGAACAUGACCUGAAACGCUGCCAGUAUGUCACUGAAAAGGUUCUGGCUGCCGUGUACAAGGCUCUUAGUGAUCAUCAUAUUUACUUGGAGGGAACACUACUGAAACCCAACAUGGUAACUCCUGGCCAUGCCUGCCCUAAGAAAUAUUCUUCUGAGGAGAUUGCCAUGGCCACAGUCACUGCCCUGCGCCGCACUGUACCCCCUGCAGUUCCAGGUGUUACCUUCCUAUCUGGUGGACAGAGUGAGGAGGAAGCCACCAUUAACCUGAACGCAAUCAACAACUGCCCCCUAGCAAGACCCUGGGCUCUCACCUUCUCUUAUGGUCGAGCCCUCCAGGCCUCUGCUCUGAGCGCUUGGCGUGGAAAGCGAGAGAAUGAAAGUGCAGCUGCUGAAGAGUUCUUGAAACGGGCAGAGGCCAAUGGGCUUGCAGCCCUAGGAAAGUAUGAACACAGCGGAGAUGACGCUGGGGCGGCUAGCAAGUCCCUGUAUGUUGCCAAUCACGCCUAUUGAGCUCAGUGGGGUGUGUGAGUACUGACCUACAGAACAACUCCACUCUGCUUCCCUGUCCUACAAGCGGCAUCCACCUGGACACUCCUUGCAGCCAAAGUUUGGAAUAGCCACAGCCAUUUCCCACCUAGCUUCUCAUAACUGUUCACUACUCAUAAGGGCGACCUGAGCCGGGGCUGUGAUGGGGCUGGAUCUUGGGUGCAGGGAUGGGAUCUAACUCAUAUUCUGUGCUCUAAUUCACUUGGUUGUGUCGAAUAUUUUCCUACUAGAACAUUUAUUUUUGAGGCCUAUUAAGUGAUUUAAAGAAAAAUGUAAAAGUUGACAUUGGUCAUUCAUAUAUGAUAUAAAGAGUUGAGAUGGUUAAGAGUUCUCUGCUGGCCAGUUUAGAGAGGUUAUUAAUAUGAACAGUUGUAUUGUUGUUUUUAUUACAGUGUCUGUCACCUACACAAUAUCUUACCCUAUCUAACAGUCUGUAGGAGGUCAUUCAACAAGCCAUGACUUUCCCACCCAGACACUGUUCUGUUAAAGGUCUUGCACUCUGUGGUACAUCUUUUAGAUUGCUUGGUUGUGUGCUACCUACUUCACUAAAACCUGACCGUGUCGUAGCUUGGAAAUGGAAGAGCUCAAACCCCUAUCUAGGGAGGGUAGCUAACUAAAUCCUGUGCAUUGUGAAAAUAGUGUUGUCUCUUAUCUGUAUGCAACUGAUGUACCAAAUAGACAAAUUAUAGUAAAUUAAAAAAUCUGGUCUGGUUA